UUCCUUUCCAUCCCCCUUCCUGGGUCGCCACUGGAGGCGGCUCACCCCAGCCUGUGCCCCUGCUCGAGUCCCGGCCGAGGCGAUGCCGGACCAGAUCUCCGUGUCGGAAUUCGUGGCUGAGACCCAUGAGGAUUACAAAGCUCCCACUGCCUCCAGCUUCACCACCCGCACCACCCAGUGCCGGAACACGGUGGCGGCCAUCGAGGAGGCUUUGGAUGUUGACCGUACAGUUCUUUACAAAAUGAAGAAAUCAGUGAAAGCAAUAAACAUCUCUGGGCUGGCACACGUGGAAAAUGAAGAACAGUAUACACAAGCCUUGGAGAAAUUUGGUGGCAAUUGUGUGUGCAGAGAUGAUCCAGAUUUAGGAAGUGCAUUCCUGAAGUUCUCCGUGUUUACAAAGGAAUUGACUGCACUUUUCAAGAACCUGAUUCAGAAUAUGAACAACAUAAUUUCUUUCCCUUUGGACAGUUUGCUGAAAGGAGACCUUAAAGGAAUAAAGGGGGAUCUGAAAAAGCCUUUUGACAAAGCUUGGAAGGACUAUGAAACAAAAGUGACAAAAAUAGAAAAGGAGAAGAAGGAACAUGCCAAGCUUCAUGGGAUGAUUCGUACAGAAAUAAGUGGAGCUGAAAUUGCUGAAGAGAUGGAGAAAGAAAGGAGGUUCUUCCAGCUACAAAUGUGCGAGUAUUUACUAAAGGUUAAUGAAAUCAAGAUUAAAAAGGGAGUUGAUUUACUUCAGAACCUGAUCAAGUAUUUUCAUGCACAGUGCAAUUUCUUCCAGGAUGGACUGAAAGCUGUUGAAACCCUCAAACCCUCCAUUGAAACACUUUCAACAGACCUUCAUAUAAUCAAACAGGCCCAAGAUGAAGAAAGGAAGCAGUUAAUACAGCUACGAGAUAUUUUAAAAUCUGCACUUCAGGUUGAACAAAAAGAGGAUUCACAAAUUCGGCAGAGUACAACCUAUAGUUUACACCAGCCUCAGGGAAAUAAAGAACAUGGAACUGAAAGGAAUGGUAACCUCUACAAGAAAAGUGAUGGGAUCAGAAAAGUAUGGCAAAAAAGGAAAUGCUCAGUUAAGAAUGGUUUUCUGACAAUAUCCCAUGGUACCGCUAACCGUCCUCCUGCGAAGCUCAAUCUCUUGACCUGCCAAGUGAAAACAAACCCAGAAGAAAAAAAAUGUUUUGACCUCAUAUCACAUGACAGAACAUACCAUUUUCAAGCAGAAGAUGAACAGGAAUGUCAAAUAUGGAUGUCUGUGCUACAGAAUAGCAAGGAAGAAGCUUUAAAUAAUGCAUUUAAAGGUGAUGACAACACUGGAGAAAAUAACAUUGUCCAGGAGCUGACAAAGGAGAUUAUAUCAGAAAUCCAGAGGAUGACUGGAAAUGAUGUCUGUUGUGACUGUGGAGCACCAGAUCCUACUUGGCUUUCCACAAAUCUGGGCAUUCUGACGUGCAUUGAGUGUUCUGGGAUCCAUCGAGAGCUGGGUGUUCACUACUCCAGGAUGCAGUCCCUCACGCUGGAUGUGUUAGGAACAUCUGAACUUUUGCUUGCCAAGAAUAUUGGAAAUGCAGGUUUUAAUGAGAUUAUGGAAUUUUGCCUACCAGCUGAGGACUCUGUCAAGCCCAACCCAAGCAGUGACAUGAAUGCAAGAAAAGAUUACAUCACCGCCAAGUACAUCGAGAGGAAAUACGCAAGGAAAAAACAUACAGACAAUACAGCUAAACUCCAUAGCCUUUGUGAAGCUGUGAAAACAAGAGACAUCUUUGGGUUGCUCCAAGUAUAUGCGGAUGGAGUAGAUCUGACAGAAAAAAUCCCUCUCGCCAAUGGACAUGAGCAAGAUGAAACUGCUCUCCAUCUUGCAGUCAGAUCAGUGGAUAGAACUUCCCUUCAUAUAGUAGAUUUCUUAGUUCAGAACAGUGGGAACCUGGACAAACAGACAGGGAAAGGCAGCACAGCUCUCCACUACUGUUGCCUGACGGACAAUGCCGAGUGCCUAAAACUGCUGCUCAGAGGGAAGGCCUCUAUUGAAAUCGCCAAUGAAUCAGGAGAGACACCACUUGACAUCGCUAAACGUUUAAAACAUGAACACUGUGAAGAACUGCUCACUCAAGCAUUAUCUGGGAGGUUUAAUUCUCACGUACAUGUGGAGUAUGAAUGGCGAUUGCUCCAUGAAGAUCUAGAUGAAAGCGAUGAUGACAUGGAUGAAAAAUUACAGCCCAGCCCCAAUCGGCGAGAGGACAGGCCUGUCAGUUUUUACCAACUGGGUUCCAGCCAGCACCAGUCGAAUGCUGCAUCUUUGGCUAGAGAUGCAGCUAACAUCGCUAAAGACAAACAGAGGGGCUUUAUGCCUAGCAUUCUGCAAAACGAGACCUACGGAGCCAUCCUCAGCAGCAGCCCCCCACCUACACAGUCCACCGCACCCCCACUACCUCCCCGGAAUAUUGGCAAAGUUCAGCCUCCCAUCCUGGGCACUGGUGUUCAGACAACCUCCUCAGCUAACACCUCGUGGAAGACAAAUUCUUUAAGUGUGGACAGUGUAAGCAGGCAGCGAUCUUCGUCAGAUCCGCCAGCUAUCCAUCCACCGCUGCCCCCUCUUCGAGUGACAUCUACGAAUCCCCCGACUGCAACACCACCACCUCCUGUGGCAAAAACAGCCAGUGUGAUCGAAGCCCUGAACCAGCAGCAGUCUAAGCCACCCCAUACGACAGCCCUGCAGUCCAAGUCCACCCCCCCACCCCUGCCUCCACAACCACCUAGUCGAAUUAUGCAGAAAAAACCGACUCCUGGGAUUGACAAGUCAUCCCCAUUGAUCAACAAAGGCCAACCCAGAGGACCUGCUGGGGAGAUCUCUGAAGGGUCCAGUCUUACAUCCAACACAUCCUCAGUUUUGCAGCCACCAGCACCUAUGCCAAGGAAAUCACAGAUAACGAAAACAAAACCCAAAAGAGUAAAAGCUCUCUACAACUGUGUAGCAGACAACCCUGAUGAGCUAACAUUUUCAGAGGGGGAUAUGAUCAUCGUGGAUGGUGAGGAGGACCAAGAGUGGUGGAUUGGCCACAUUGAUGGAGAUCCUAGUCGCAAAGGAGCUUUUCCCGUAUCAUUCGUGCACUUUAUUGCUGACUAAAUUGCUACUGAACAAAAAAAUAGGAAGAAAUUUCUCAUUUUCAUCUUAUACAAGUCAAUAUUUAUGUCCCAGUUUCACUACUGGUUCCAAAACUCUUGCCAGAAAACCAAUUUCUUGAGUUGUAUUUGUACUGUAGUCAACUGUCCCUAAUGCCAUUGUUCUGGUUACAAACCUUGGACAGUUUUUACAUGUAAGUGAUUUUUUAAGAAAGAUUUGUUUUGCUUCAUGAAAGUCACUGAUAUUCUUUCUCAGAGACACAUUUUUAUUUUUAAAGGUGAACUGAAAAAAAAUAACUUUAACUAGUAUCUUUGAACCCCAACCAGCAGAAUUCAGUAUACCAGCUUAACAGGAAAAUAUUUAUUUUGAAACAAGAGGUUUGGAAAUAAAUCCCUCUUGAUUUGUCACGGCCUGAUUUGGAAGUUGUAACUUGUCAUGUGUUUAUAUUAAAGUCAGUGAAUCUCAGAGCAGCUGUCUCAGUUGUCCUAGGGAACCAGUAAUAGCAUUCUAACCCAGCCCUUCUUAGCUAAGGUCAUUCCACAUCGAAGGUCCUGAGUUCACCUUUAAAGGAUAGUUAUUCCGUUGAAACAACCCACCAUAUGCACACAUUUAAAAACAAAAAACCUUGGAAAUUUCUGCAUUACUUGUUUGUACUUUCUCAUUUGUGAGGCUGAGAAUCUCUGUAUCAUUAUAUGCUGCAUGUGUGUAUAACCUGUUUUGGAAGUCCCCUAUAUAACAUUGAUCCUGAACAAUUGUAUUAACAAGACUACUGAUGGUUAAUUCAAAUCCAUGGCGAUGUUAUCAGUUAAUUCAACUCUCAGAGGUUAUAGAAACUGCAUUUCCUGAAUUUGGUUUUAAACUAAGGAUGAUGGAUUGCAAAGCAGUUCUCAAAACCAGUUAUAUGCUUUAGAUGUUUUAGAAUUUGCCUUCUUGAACUUAUUUAAUCACCCAGUAACACCUGUACACACAAAUAGAAUAUUGUGGUGGACCAUAAUAUAUUUAUCUGUCACAAGGGCAUUUAUUGAAAAACUCACUAGUACAUCUUAAUUGCUGUUUCCUGUUAAGUGUACCACUGCCUUUCCUUCCAAACACAACAAUGUGCUUGUUUCCUAACUCACCUAUGAGUGUUUGUGUAUUUAUAGAAUAUACCAAUAUGAACGGUAGUUAACGUCUUAAAAAUGUUUGUGAACAAAUAUCCAGCAAAAAUCCAUAGAUCCCAGUGGAUGUAACACUACUUAAUAUUGCAAUUCUAACAUCUAUUUGAACAUUGAGUCUAUUACCUUUCUUGAACUUACGCUACAAAAAAUGAAGAAGACUAAUGUUGAGAAAAGCCUAAUUAAUUCUGUGGUGGUAUAUAUGUGUUUUAUAACAUCAAUACCCAAUAUGAGAAUUUUGAAGCUUUAAGGAAAAAUAUUAAGACAGUGACCACCACUUGGGAGUUUUCAUGACCACUAAAUAUCUUACAGACUCGGGGAGCUCCAAAUUAAUGCUAGGACAAAGUUGUUCAUGAUUUUAUUUUUUGGAAAAUGGUACACUUGAUUGUGAUAGCCUGUCUUUUAUCAUGUGAAAAGCUUGUGUGUAUAGCUUCUUGAUGUAUUAACUCAUUUCUGAAGCCACUGCAAGUGAAAAAGAAAAAAAAAACUGGAAUGUAUUACAUUUUUGUUGAGUUUUGAAGUUGAUUUCUUUGUACUUUCCAAAGUUCCUAGUAAAAAAAGUUUUAAUCUGUAAUCCUAGACUUAGUUCAGUACUACAAUUAUGUUUAUUAAUUAAUGAUUUCCAUUUUUGGUUUUGGAAACAUUUUAAUUUCCUGGUAAGAUGCAAGAAAGUAAAUAGGCCCUAUUUGGCACAGUUCACUUCUCAUGUCUAUUUUAACACAGAUUCUUCUAGCAUAUGAAACUUGCAAUCAGCCUUUUGAGGAUUUGGUGUCAGCUGUGAAAUAGUCAAAUUUACAUCAGCCUUAGGACUCUAAUCCUAGACACUACUCAGUUGGGUUCAGUGGUACAUAUCUGGGGUGCAUCUUGGCAUUUUUUUAAGCUCUAAUUUGGUGGUGCUAUUGUGCAGGUUAUUAAUAUUAUUCUUGCCAGAGCAGAAACACAUUUUAAAAACUUUGCCCACUAACAUACUUUGAGGUAUUUGCUCCUUUUUUGCAGCAAAAAAAAAAGGCAGAGAUAAAUCUGAAUGCAUUGUAGAUAUCUAUUUAUAUUUAAAAUUUACUUUUCAUAAAUUUCAGCUGCAAGAUUCAAGCAUUUUGCAUAUGCUGUUCUUCAUCAAGCAAACUUCAAGGGAUGAUGAUUCUGAAAUUUUAGGCACAGUCUAUUUGGUUGCCGUGUUGUUUCAAAAGGAGUGGAUGACACUGAAUCUGCAGUGUAGAAUGCUAUUUGAGAUGUAUAAUAUUCAAUUCAUUCAUUUGAUUAUUUUGGUGUAGUUGCAGAGCAACUGUAUAUAUUGUAUAACCUAAAUCAACUCUUAUUUUCAAUGUCCCGAAUGCAGUGAUUUAUAAUUAGAGCAUGUUUAAGAAGUUUACUCUUGUUAACCGGUCGCUUGACUGGGAAAAAAUAAAAUACUUUUAAACGGA